UUCUCAUUUACCGAAGAGUCGAAGAAUGCAAAGGAACUAAUUUCUGGCUAUAAAUACCAUUAUGAACAGAAAUCGAGGCAGAGGUAGAGGUGGCUCACAAGGUAGACAAGGUGGUAUGAUAGGUGGUAACCUAGGGCGACAAAGACAACAACAACUAAAUGCUGGGCCGGGUAUUCUAGGAACUGGACCUAGCAUGAUGGCAAUGGGAGGAAAUGCUGGUCAAUUUAAACAACCACAGCCCAUGUCGCCUCCAGGAGGGAGAAUGCGUAAUGUGUCACCAGGGAUGCAGGGAACGAUGAGGCCUACUCAGAAUCAGAUGAAGAUAGACAACCAAAGUAAUCAAGUUAGGGAAUCACAGUUACAAUUGAUGAACAGCUUAUUAAUGAAACAACAGCAGCAACAACAACAAAUUAAUUCAAGUAGAGCUAGCCUCCUUAACAAUAUGGAAAGUUCCAGUCUAAUGGGUAACAGAUCAAAUUUACUUGGGGGUGGAUUUGAUAGGAAUGACAUAGAUGAUGGUAGGAGAAAUAGUUUACCUGGAGACCUUAUUCAGGAUCGUAGUUAUCAUGAAAACAGAAGGAGCAUGCCCAGUGAUAGUACAUCAGCAAGUGGAAGUGGUUAUUUGGCUCAAAAAGUAAGUCGUAGUUUGAUGGAUGAUAAUUUUAGUCAAGAUGACAGGAGAAAUAAUAGGAGAAUAUUUGAUGAUCAAGACUUUGGUGGCAGGAGUUCUAAUCUUGGUGGCAGGAGUUCUCAUCUUGGUGACAGUCAAAGUUUAAUGUUAAGUGACAGCAGAGGAAAACCUCACCUUAGACAAGAUAUGGGAAGAAGUUCACUAUUUGGGGAUGAUAUGAAUAGAUCAUCUGUUAGUGUCUCCAGUAGAAACCUUUUAGAUGCUGGAAAUAGUCUGCUAAGUAACAUGCAGCAAGCUGUAUUUGGACAGGAAGGUCAGAGAGUUGAAACGCAAGGAGGAAAUGCGCAGAGCAUUAUUGGACAAGGAAAUAUGCAAAGCAUUAUAGGACAACAAGGAGGAAAUGUUCAAAGUUUGAUGGGACAACAAGGUGGUAGCAUGAGAAGCAUAAUGGGACAGCAAGGAGGAAAUGUACAAAGUAUUAUGGGACAGCAAGGAGGAAAUGUUCAAAGCCUGAUGGGACAACAAGUUGGAAAUAUGCAAAACAUAAUGGGACAGCAAGGAGGAAACGUGCAAGGCAUGAUGGGACAGCAAGAAAGAAGUAUGGAAAGUCUGAUGGGACAGCAAGGAGGCAAUAUGUCAGGCAUGAUGGGACAGCAAGGUGGUAACUUACAAGGCAUGAUGGGACAGCAAGGAGGGAACUUACAAGGCAUGAUGGGACAGCAAGGAGGAAGUAUUCAAAGUCUGAUGGGUCAGCCAGGGGGCAACAUGCCAAAUAUGAGGGGGUCUCAGGGAGGAAGUAUGCAGAAUAUUACAGGUCAGGGACGACCAAGUCAGAAUCAAGGUAUGAUAGGACCAGGUGGUGGUAAUAUGCAAGGUUUACUUGGACAAGGACCACCUGUGGGUGGGAAGUCGACCAUUCCUUCUCUCUUUGAUGUCAGAACAAAUCGACAAGGUCUUCUUGGUAAAAGGACAGGACGUGGUGGAAGGGAUCAAGGUGGAGGACGUGGUGGAAGGGGAGAUCAAGGUGGACCGAAAAAAUUCAGGAGGAACAGUGGGCCUUCACCACAAGAUUUUCGUCGGCAGGGCAACAGAAAUGACCGAGGCUCAGAAGGCCGAGGUCGAUCCAGAGGUACUGAUCGCAGGAAUAACAGGCCAGAUCGUACAUCUACUAAUGAUCGAAGGAAUCCUCGUGACUCAGAUUCUUCAAGAUCAAGGGAAUCUGAUAGAAAAUCCCACAACUCGGAUAGAAGGUCUCGUGACAAAGGCAAGACUUCUAAUGUAGACAGAAAAUCACAGUCACAUGACAGGUCAGCUGACAAGUCACGUGAUAAGUCAGCUGAUAAGUCACAUGAUAAAUCCAGUGACAAGAAAGAAGUAAAGAAAGAACAGUAUGAUCCAGCAGAACCUACAGAAGAUGAAGAAAAUGCAACAACAGAACUUGCAUGGAUUGAGAAGAAAGAUAGGGAUGUUGAAAUGGUAGACCUGGCAACUAAGGCUGAUACAGAGACGUCGGGAGAGACAAAACCAAGCACACCAAACAAAGACAUGGAUUUACCAGACAAAACAAUGACUGUGACUGUGAAUAGUAAGGGGAGGAGUGUAGAUGAUUCUGCUUUGAUUAAGAAAGAAGCCAAAGAAGAAAGUUCCUCAGACAAGAAGAAUUUUUAUUGCCAUGCUUGUAUGGUAGAAUGCCAGGAUUUUGAAGGAUUUACCAGACACAUGAAAGGUAAAAAGCAUUUGAACAGAAUGGAAAGUCUUGGAAGUGCCCAUAAUCAGGCAUCUGAACAACAAGCAUCAAGAUUGAAAGCACAGGAACAUCUACGUUCAGUUGAAAAGAAACCAAGAAGUGAAGACAGAAAAAGGAGAGAUGACAUUUCACCAAGAAGAGGAUCUUCUGACAGAAGGUUUUAUGGCAGAGGAAGAUUUCAAACACCUCAUCAGCCUCCUCUAGGGCGGAACUCUUUCCAUUCUUCACAGACUCAGAGUGAUAGAGAAAGACGUCGUCGUAGAGAUAGAGAUAUUGAUGAAUCCUCUAAUGCUAGUUUCCCUGGUGACCUGGGUGACAUGGUUACAGUAGAUGAAAUCGGUUUUGAAGAACAUGAUGAUACAACUAUGGAGACUGAAGAUAAUAGUCAGCAUGGUAAAGAAACAAAGAAUGGAGAACAGAAGGGAGGAGGGAAAAAAGAGCCUCUUCCAGAAGAUGCUGAUGAUUAUGUUAUUCCAGAUUAUGAUCCUACAAAAGCUGUUGGCCAGAAAUAUGUGGUCCCAGUAUCAGGAUAUUUCUGUAAAUUAUGUCACAAGUUUUAUACAACAGAAACUUCUGCUAAGACCAAUCAUUGUCAGAGUAAACAACACUAUGAUAAAUUCAAUGCUGUCAUGAUGGACAAACUCAUUACUAAAGCUUUGGCUAAAGAAGAAGAGGAAGAAAAACAAACAGAAGAUGCUAGUCCCACUGAGGAAAAGAAAAAAGAAGAAACCAAAGUUAAGGAAGAAAAUGUAUCUUCUGAUCCGGUGAAUGGAAAAAGUGAGGAGAAAGAAAAUGUUUCUUCAGAUGAUCCGGUUAAUGGUAAGAAUGAGGAGGAAACUACUGAAGAGAAGAUGGAAGAAGAUACAUCAGAAAAUCCUCUGGACAGCACUCCAACAACAGAAAAUGAGACUGUCAAUGGUAGCUCUGAAAAUAAAGUAGAGGCUACGAGCGAUUCAGCUGAAAUUUCUGAUAUAAAUAUGACAAAAACAAAUCAAAAAGCCAAAGCUGUUAAGAAAGUUGCUCAGAAAGCUAAACGUGGAAAAAAGACUUAACAUUUAUAGUCCUGUAUUGAGAAUAACUGAUAUAAAUUUAAGUAUUCGGUAUAUGCUGAUUUUGAUUCAGCUCAGACAUUGUUGUAUACAUGUUUUAACAGUUUCUGAUUUAAAAAUUUGGAGUAUGUUGAUAGGAACGAUAUGAGGUGGCACAGAGCAGAUGGAUUUUAGAAGCAGUAUAUACAAAAAGAAGAGCUGUUACAGUUGUAAAAUUAUGAUUUUGUUGACUGUUAUUGUUUUGCUAUUUAAGACAUUAAUGAUAUUUUUCAUGUCAAUUAUAGUUUCUUGAAGACACUGAAUUGUUCAGAGUUUAGUUUAAAACAAAUGAAUAAAACGAGAUGUUGCACAUAUGUAAAUGAAACAGCAAACUUAAGUCACCAAUUUAAAAAUAGUGAUUUAUGGUAAACCAUUGACUUUAGGUUAUAAAUGCAUCUGCAUUAUAUUAUCUAAUUUAGGAGAUUUGAGUCCUGACUUUUUUAAUAUACUCAUGCCAUUAUAUUAAAUCUUCUAUAAUUGCAUUUUCAGUGUUGAUUUUUCUCAAAAAAGUGCACAGAUAAUUGUACCGUUCAUCAAAUAAACACUUCAAAUUCCCGCAAAGUAGGAAGGACAUGUAUACAUGAUCAUAAUUUUACUUUUAUCUGCAUGUCUGAAUGUGUGUGAAAAUGAAUAUUUGCAGUAACUGGCAUUUUAAGAUUCUGUAAAUUGUGUAUUUUUUCCAUUAAAAGCUCAUAUUCAUUAUUUUUUUCAGUUACAUUUCAUACAAUUUUGUAAAUUGCAAAAUGCAAACAAAAGUAAUUAUAGUAGUUGUUUAUUGUAAUAUUAUAAAAGAUAAGUUUGAUGUAAAUCUAAGAAUUCUGUACUUUUAUUGAUUAUGUGAUUGGAAAAAACUGUCGUCACAAUAACUUUUGUUGAAUAGAUACAAAUGAUAUAU